AUGGCGCGAGCGGCUCCGCGGCUGACACAUCUUUUCGGGCUCCUCCGGGCCAGGCCAAUCCGUCCCGCGGCCUCUGCGCGCUUUGCGCGCUGCGCAUCCUCCACUCGGGAGGAGCAUUUCCUGGAUGUAAACGGACGGAAAUUGUACGUGUUGACAGCGGGAGAUCUGAAGAGUUCGCCAGGUCUGCCUGUGAUAUGUCUACCUGGUGCCAUGGGGACGGCAGAGACGGAUUUCGCACCGCAACUGGACGGUUUGUCCCAGCGGCAUGGUGUGAUAGCUUUCGAUCCACGGGGCUAUGGUAAGUCUCGCCCACCCAAUCGCCGGUAUCCAGCGGAUUUCUACCAUUUGGAUGCCUCGGAUGCUGCAGCCAUCAUGGACUCUCUAGGCAUUGCCUCGUACAACGUGAUCGGUUGGAGUGAUGGCGCGAUUUCGGCCACGAUCCUGGCAGCAAAGAGGCCAGAGGCUGUCAAAAAGCUGGCCGUUUUCGGGAUCCAAGGCUCCAUCACAAAAGAAGAUGUGGAUGCUUACGAGGGCCUGCGGGAUGUAGAGAAAGCCUGGAGCAAGAGGAUGCUCGAAACACACCGGCCAGUCUAUGGAGAUGAUCUGCAGCCGAUGUGGAGUUCCUUCUGCGAUGCCAUGAAGAUGAUGUACGACGCUGGCGGGGACAUCUGCCAGAAGGAGGCCAAGCAAGUGAAGUGCCCCACUUUCAUCCUGCAUGGAGCGAAAGAUCCUCUGGUGCCUUCGCACCACCCGGAGUGGUUCCACCAGGCAAUCGCCGGCUCCAAGCUUCACAUAUUUCCUGAAGGCAAGCACAAUAUCCACCAGAAGUUUGCUGACGAGUUUAACAAGCUGCUUCUGGAGUUCUUCGCCGAGUGA